UCUAUAUCUAUAUAUAUUGCACCAAAUAUUUUCAUAUACAAAGCUCUGUCCUCUCUCCUUUUAAGCUUUCAGAUUUAUUUGUCUGAUAUAAAUUUAGAUGGGAAGGAAAUGCUCGCACUGUGGUAUAACUGGUCACAAUUCACGAACCUGUAAACCUCAGAAAACAAAAAUUAAUGAAAAAAAUGAAGCUCCUACGUCCAAUAUUGGUAUGAAACUUUUUGGUGUGAAGCUUGAAAUACCAAAAUCAUCUUCUUUUGCUAGUAAUAUUUCAAUGAAGAAAAGUUUUAGUGUUGGUUGCCUUUCGAAUUCGUCGAAAAUUUCUUCUUCAACAGUUGGAUCUUUUGCUUCUAAUUAUAAGAUGUUUUUGGAUGAAAAUCUGGAUUAUAAAGUGUCGAAUGGUUAUCUUUCUGAUGAAUUGGCUGGAAGAACUUCAGAUAAGAAAAAAGGAGUUCCAUGGACAGAAGAAGAACACAGAAUAUUUCUAGUUGGAUUGGAAAAACUUGGAAAAGGAGACUGGAGAGGCAUUUCUAGGAACUUUGUGACAACAAGGACACCAACACAAGUCGCAAGUCAUGCCCAAAAGUAUUUUCUUCGCCAAAAUUCUCUCAAUAGAACCAAGCGUAGACGUAGUCUCUUUGACAAGGUUGGGAUGGAUAAAUCAACUAUUUUACUGUUUGAUAAAAGGGUUACCAAGACAAAGGAAAGUACAUCCAUUUCAUAUGAGAAGUCAAGAGAGGAUGAUGAAACAAAUAUUUCCAUGAUAAAUUUUACUACUUCGUCAAACAAAUAUUCAAAGUCAAGUAGUCCACAAUAUUCUAUGCCAACAUUUAAUCUCCCAUUUAUUAAUUCAAGUGAUUAUAUUUCAAUUCAAGAUUCACAAAAGCCAGACCUAGAGCUCACCCUUGCCGUUCCAAGGCAACUCAAUAAUCAAAGAAGAAAAUCAAGUUAUCUUCUUGCUGGAAAUACAAUUACUGUCGUUUGAUUUAAACAUAUUCUGCUCAUAUUUCAUGUAAACAAAAAUAGUAUAAGAAAAUAGGAAAUUAAUUAAGUAGAUGUCUACAAAAAAUAAUAAUCAUUUUUCUAUGUGAUAUAUAUAUGACUGAUAUGUAACUUUGUAAAUGAUGCCCUACUAGCAUCACCCUAGCUUGGUCCGACAAGCUUACCACAAAUACAUUUUUUAAUUCAAUUUUAAAAUAUUAAAUGUUUCAUCAGUGAUAAAAUGACAUGAAUUAACGAGUAAGAUAACUCUAAUGAUGUGUUAAAUGUUGGUUUUACUAUUUUGCAUGUCACAUCAUAUCCUACUAAGUAUCAUAUCACUUACAUAAAGUAUUUUGAUUAGAUGUCGACAUUUUGAGUAUAAUAUAUGUUAAACUUAUGACAAAUUUCAAACCAUUGAUUGAAUAUUUUCAUUCGCUAGGCAUGUUUGUCCACUAUUAUUGGUAGGGCUCGUACGUAGUGAUAAUGUUCCUUAAAUUAACUAUUUCCAUAUUAUGGUCAGAUCCUUUAGUGUCUGUUGAAGGAGAUAUAUUGAAGUUUUCCAAUCUUAAAAAUCGGAUAGAAUGCGAUCUCAUAGGCAAUUUCUUAUAAGGGGAUGAAUUGUGUAUUUCAGUAAUUUUUAGAUUUUUAACACAUUAGUCAGCUAAAAAAAUUGUGAAAAUAGUACGGGCUAGCCAUUUUUCGGACUGAUAAUUGAAAGAUAGCCAGCAUUUGUAAAGUCAUUGAAAAAUAGCCACUAUUUUGCUGCAACACGGAAAGUUCAAUUUCACAAAAAAAAAAAA